GGCCCGCGGGUCCGGCCGCGCCUCACCGCCCUCCCCGGGGCCACUCACAGGGCCGCCCGCUGUUCGCUGCCCGCCCCCGCCGCACCGCACGGCCGGCGGCACACCAACCGGGCUGCGCGCUGCGCUGCAGUCAGAGGAUGGAGCGCGCUCUGCUUUGACUCAUCGCUCACAGACAGAUCUGCCUGCCUGCUGAGCUUGGAUCUUCGGUUGUGCCAUAGGUCGCUCCUCAGAGAUAACCGGUGUGUUACCUUGAUACGUGUGUUGUUUGAAUUAUCCUCCGUAGCACGGAUCUGUCAGUGAUGAACUUCAUGACGAGCUGAAGAGCCGGCUGCCAGGAGAGACCAAGAAAUCGGAGCAGAAGGUCUCUGGACAAAAUGGGGAAUGCAUCUAUGAAACCCAAACACCUGAGGCAACCAGAAAGACACGUAGCAAACCUAGCUCUUGGUUGUGCUAGCAACUAUAAGUUUCUAACGGAUCCUGGUCUAGGCAUCCACGUGACUGGACAAGUUGAUGUUCUUUGCAGCAGGGUGCUUGAACUAGAAAAAGAGCUGAAAAGAAAAGAUGAAGAGUUGCAAGAGGGUCAAAGUCUUGUUGCUGAGCUUCAGGAGCAGCUGUCCGUGCAGACUAAGGUCAUAGCAGAACUCACCAAGGAACUUCAGAACAAGUGCAUACAGCUGAACAAGCUGCAGGAUGUUAUUAACACUCAAGGAGAAUACUCUCUUCAACCUUCUCCAUUCAGAGUGACUCCAAAGAAUCAAGUCUCCGCUGAUAGGAGGAAAGGAGCUAAGGAGGGUGUAUCUGCAGAACCAACAACACAGCUGUAUGAUUCCAGCAAACAAGCUAGAUUUUCCUUUGAAAAAUCAAGAGUCCGAAAGGAUUCCAGUGAGAAGAAGCUCAUCACAGAUGCCCUGAAUAAAAAUCAAUUCUUGAAGAGACUGGAGCCUCAGCAGAUCCGAGAGAUGGUGGAAUGUAUGUACGAGAGGACCUUCCAGCAGGGGAGCUAUGUCAUCAGACAAGGAGAGCCAGGCAAUCACAUUUUUGUCCUCAAAGAGGGCAGACUGGAAGUCUUCCAGCAGAAUAAACUGCUCUCCUCCAUACCUGUGUGGACAGCAUUUGGUGAACUGGCCAUUUUAUACAACUGCACACGGACGGCUUCUGUGAAAGCAAUCACCAAUGUUAAAACAUGGGCAUUGGACAGAGAAGUGUUUCAAAACAUCAUGAGAGUGACAGCACAGACAAGACAAGAACAGUACAGAAACUUUCUUAGAAGCGUGUCCCUCCUAAAAAACUUACCUGAAGAUAAACUGACCAAGAUCAUGGACUGCCUGGAGGUGGAGUACUAUGACAAGGGAGAUUAUGUUAUUCGGGAAGGAGAAGAGGGAAAUACCUUCUUCAUAAUAGCAAAAGGAAAGGUAAAGGUUACCCAGAGUACUGCAGAUCACUCACAGCCUCAGCUGAUUAAAAAUCUGCAUAAAGGAGAUUACUUCGGAGAAAAGGCUCUCAUUAGUGAUGAUGUCAGAUCAGCAAACGUUAUUGCAGAUGAAUACGAUGUGGAGUGCCUCGUUAUAGAUAGAGAAACAUUUAAUCAAACUGUUGGAACUUAUGAGGAGUUACAAACCUACCUUGAAGGUUAUGUGGCUAAUCUGGCCAGAGCUGAUGAAAAGCGACAUGCCAAAAGAAGAUCCUUCUGUGGACAGUCAACCAAAGAGGUGACUUUGGAGAUGAUACAGCUGAAGGAGAAAGUAGCCCAGUUCCCUUCUUCCCCAUUCCAGAAUUUAGAAGUUGUCACAACUCUCGGUGUUGGUGGGUUCGGAAGGGUUGAGCUUGUUAAGGUAAAAAAUGAAAAUGUGGCUUUUGCUAUGAAGUGUAUAAAGAAGAAACAUGUAGUGGACACCAAACAACAAGAACAUAUAUAUUCUGAAAAGAAAAUCCUUGAGCAGAUAUGUUCUCCUUUCAUUGUGAAGCUGUAUCGCACAUUCAAGGACAGUAAGUAUGUGUACAUGCUGCUGGAGGCUUGCCUUGGAGGGGAACUGUGGAGCUUGCUGAGAGACAGAGGCAGUUUUGAUGAACCCACUACGAAGUUCUGUGUUGGAUGUGUGACAGAGGCUUUGGACUAUCUACAUCACAUAGGAAUUGUCUACAGAGACCUGAAGCCAGAAAAUUUAAUUUUGGAUGCUGAAGGAUAUAUAAAAUUGGUUGAUUUUGGAUUUGCAAAAAAGAUCGGAUCAGGGCAGAAAACCUGGACGUUCUGUGGAACCCCCGAGUAUGUUGCUCCAGAAGUCAUUCUGAGUAAGGGCCAUGACUUCAGUGUGGAUUUUUGGUCCCUUGGAAUUCUUGUGUAUGAACUCCUUACUGGCAGUCCACCAUUCUCUGGGGCUGAUCAGAUGACAACAUACAAUUUGAUUCUAAAAGGCAUUGAAAAACUGGAUUUUCCUAGAACAAUAACAAGGCGGCCUGAGGAUUUGAUCCGCAGACUCUGCAGAACCCUACAGAAAGAUUAGGCAAUCUGAGGAAUGGAAUUAAUGACAUUAAGAAGCACAGGUAAGUGAAGGAGACUGCCAAGAAGAAAAAUUGCUUUUCAAUUUGAAAAUAUGUUUAAUAUUUUGGAGCCCAGUUCAGAACCUCAGAUGCUUCAGGCACUUCCAGACAGAUUGCAAGAGAUACCUCCAUUGCUACCGUGCAUAAUUGCUACUACAGCAGGCAACAGUAUAAACAAAAAUCAGCUAGAAACAUCCUGGUUACUGUUCUGUUCGUUUGUUUGUCACAGGUUAGUGACAUAGGAGUUUAAUUAGGUUAAUUAAUGAGAAGUCAAUGCCAGUAGAAUUCAUGUCUGCCCUUUUAGGCCUCCUGACUCUUUGAUCUAAAACCAAACAGUUGCUCUUUAAGAAUAGGAGUUCAAGGCUCUGGAGCAGUGUUAACUCUAUAUCCUCUUUCUUUUAAUGAAGAAAGUCCACAGCAGAUUAGACCUUUCCUGCUUUUUCUUUUCAUUUGAGUGAUUUCUAAGCCCUGCAGUUUGUGCCUCGGAAAAGAAGCGCUUUGACUCUUCUAUUUGUGUCCAUUUUCUCCUGUUGUGAAAAGGAGGCUGAAUUCCAUGUCUUUGCAUGGCUGUACUUACUACAGUGAUCAAGUUUCCCCCUUCCAACAAUCCUGAGGUCACAUGGGCAGUUGUCAUAUAAAAUGGUUUAGAGCCCUUGCUUGCAUGUGUUUGAGUUUUUAACAAUAUCGUGCUUCUAACAGAAAAGUCACUCCGUUUGUCUUUCUCGGUCUCUGUCUCUCUAUCAUCUCCCAUUUCUUUUUGAUCAGGUGGUUGAAUGGUUUUAACUGGGAUGGUCUGAAACUGAGGAAAUUAGCAUCACCUUUAAAAAGAGAGGUAUUGGCUUUGGUUUUCAGUUUCAUAAGGCUUUACUAAUAUAAAGGUGAAGCGUUUAUCUGAAAAGAAACAACUGAGGACAACUGCAGAAUUUCCCAGAAAUGGACUUGCAUUAUUAUUGCUAUCCAGUUCAGUGAAAAUUGAAGGAAGAAAAGAUAGAUCCAAGCGAUACGUAACUUAAAGUCAUUUAGAUAAUGGAAAUGUUGUUCUGCCUGUGUAGUUUGCAUUAAAUUUUCACCAUUAUUAGAAUAUUAGAAUAAGUGGUGAAGAUUUAUUGACGAACAGUGAAAAAAUGUAUUUUCUGAUAUGGGUGCAUUAUUAAGAUGCACUGUUCACAUGACUGUGUGCAAUACAAACUUGUGCAUUCUUAUGGUAUUAGAGUGUAUCGUUGAAUAAGAUUCCUGUUUUAAAUGGCCCACUUAUCUUUGACAUAAUAUGAAAAUAGAUUGAGUGUAAAGACUCUGAAACUCACUUUGAGCUAAACUUAAAACAAACAGUAAUUCCAAGAUCUGCUUUGAGAAGUUAUCCCAUGAGUGUAGAUGUGAUCUUAAACAAAUUUGAAUCAAAGUUGUACCUAGUGUGGCCCAGUUUUCUUAUUAACUUUAGAGAGCGUUGGGUGACAUCUAGGGAUUCAUAACAUUUGGGGAGUAUUUUUGUAUUGGGAGGCUAAUGGCCUUCUUCUGUUGUAGAAGUUAAUUGCUGGAUCUUUAGCUUUUAAAGAAUAAGGAAUUUCAUCCACUGAAAGAAAGGAUCCAUAUCAUGCUGGCCUUUAAUUCCUGCACUGGUAGCAAUACAAAUGAUGCAUAAUGAAAAGAGAGUAUUUUCAAAAAUUAAUUUCUGAAAUAAAUAACCAUCUGUUUGUGUUUUUAAUGCCACAGUUGUCUGGACCAACUGAUUACAGCUACUUUGACAGCUAUCCACCUGAAGAGGGAAUGCCUCCAGAUGAACUUUCAGGCUGGGACAAGGAUUUCUGACACUUUUUUCUUCCGGGACAUCUAUGGAGACUCAUAGGCAUCAGUUCUAAACCUGUUCUUGUGUUUCUUGCUUAAAACCAAAGUACACGAUGUUUUUGAAAAACGUUAUGUUCCCUGGAGAAUAGAAGACAGUACAGCAACCAGAACUUGUUGGAUAAUGCACCAAAUUCUGCGUGCAUCUCCUUAUAAUGAAGGCAUGCAGAUGCAACCUGAAUAUUUUUUGAUACACAAUAUCUCUAUGAACAUUUUCUGACACUAUGGAUGGGAUGCAUGGUUUUGCCAUUGGGAAUUUCACUAGCCAUUGGGAAUUUCACUAUUUUGAUAUCAACAAGGUUACCACAUCUUUAUUUUGAACAGAGAGAAUGAAGAUUAUGGGCCCAUAACUUUGUGGAAUUUAUCAAUAUCUGACACAAUAAGCAUAUAUUUUUCAUUUUCUAAUGAGUCUAGUGUGUGUUUUGCUCUUUCCAGUAAUGGCCAAUACCGCAUUGAUCCAGAAGCAUGUAGAAGAAAGACUUUUUCUACAAGAUUGAUUUGACUUAAUGCUGCAGCUUAAAGGGUAUCACUGUGGAAACUGCUUCUCUAUUAGUUUAUUUCUGCACCAGGCUGAGUAUGUGAAACAGGGUAUAACAGGUCAAAUGGAAAUCCAGUAGGGAACUAGGUAAAUGCAUAAUAAAUCUUUUCUGGAAAAGUAGACUGUGGUAUGUAUUUCCCUAUCUGCUUCAAAGAGCUAUGUCUGCAUCUUAAAAUGUUGUGCUUCUAUGUAGCGUGAAGCUAAAAUUGAUAGACAAAAAGCUUUUAUCUUGCAAGAAAAAAUACGUAAGUACAGAAUCAUAUUUUGUUCUUCAAAUAUAUUUUCAAUGAUAUUUUGCUUUCAUUGGUACUUUGCUGAAAUUAUGAAAUUUGCUGAAACAUCGAAGUUAAAACUCCCACUCAUUUCAAUGUCCCACUUGCUAUCUCUAGAUGUGGAUACCUGCGGGUAGCAGAGGUAAAUGGAAAGAGGACAGCUGCUGACCUGGCAUUUCCCAGUGAAGUAGGAUUCCCAGAUGAGUUUUACAAUCUCCUUGCAGGUUUUCAGGACAUGAUAAGGCAGAGACUUGAGCAACCAAAUCUGGACUCAGUGUUGACCCUUCUCUGAGCAGGAGGUUGGACUGGAAGCCUCCCAUGAUCCUGUGAUUCCAGGAAUUAAUUUUGACUGUCAACUGCUUGCAUAAUUACAAUACAUCAUGAUGCUUUUCCCCA